GGGUAGAUUUACAAAUAAUUGAAAGCACGAGGAUUCUUAUGUCAAUUUUCCCAAGACAAAUUCAGACACUCGACACGUGGCGGCAUCGGCUUAAAAAGCAUGUGGCGUAGACUCGCUCUCUCCCUCUUCCUUUCUCUUCCCACCUCCUCAAGCGUCUGCUCUGUUUUUUUUUCUGUGAUUCUCUGGUUAUGGCGGAGACUUGUGCGCUUCUCUUCUCUCACCUCACCAUCUCUCGCGUUUGGGACACCGCUUCUUCGCCUCCCUCCGUCGCUACUUCUUCUCGACUCUCGCUUUUUUCUCGAGCUGGGCCGUCUCGUUUGACUCGAUUCGCCGUCAAGGCAUCGCAUUACGGUAGCUUCUCCGAUGAUGAUGCUUACAGCUUCUACCCAUGGUCCGAUGGAAAUAACGCCAUUGAAUGGGUUCCUGAAGAGAGAAUUACACUUUUCACCUCUGAUGGGCUGAUUCAGAUUGGAGGCAAUAUGGUUCCUCGCCGCAUCAAUAAGAAACAUGGGAGAUCCAAAUCACCAGAGAAACUUCCAAAGUUUCAAGAAAGUUCCUACAUGGAUCCUGCACAAGGUCUCUGCCUCGGAGCUCUUUUCGACAUCGCAGCUACAAACGGACUUGAUAUGGGAAGAAGACUCUGUAUCUAUGGCUUCUGCCGUUCCGUUGAGAUGCUUAGUGAUGUUGUUGAAGACACUGUCUUAGAGUAUGGUGGAGAGGUUGUUGCUGCAGAGAAAGAGAGCAAAGGAGGUUUACAAGAGAAGCUCACAAUGACGGUGGCAGUUCCAUAUCUAUGGGGUGUUCCUCCGGCUGCAGAAAGGCUUCACCUUGCGGUUCGAACUGGCGGAGGCAUCGUUGACAAAGUUUAUUGGCAAUGGGAUUUCUUGUGAAUCUGAAGUUUCUACAAUAAUGGGUUCUUCUAACUCACAAAAAGUGUUUAUAUAAUAACAUUCAUUGUACAGAACCAUUACAUUUGGUAUAAAUUCCCCUAAUUAUAUUCAUCUAUUUAGUUGAUGGGUUUGGUUCUGAACUUAGUAUGGAUCUUCAUCUCAUCAAUUGGAUAAAAG